UAAUACCGCUGUUGUGGUUUCAAUCUUCAUUUUUCAGUUCUUUUUCAAAAUUGCAUUUUUUUCUAAUAAUCCUCAUAAUUGUAGUCAUGUAAAUGUAAUAUCAAAUUUGAAAAAAUGGUAUUCUUGAACAAGUGUGUGUAUUUCAGAGCAACUCCAACGCUGCGUUUUCAGAAGAAAUAUCGUGGUUUUGUUGAUUCUCUUGUGAUUCAUGUCCGUGGUGGUGCUGGAGGCAUGGGAUAUCCCAAGUUUGGCGGUGUUGGUGGAAAAGGAGGAGAUGUUAUCCUAGCUGCAAAAGAAGGAAGUACGCUAAAAAAUGUCCUUACCAAAUAUCCGGAUAGAAAAAUUAGAGCGUCUAAAGGAAUCGAUAGCAAUUCGAGGUUUAUUCUUGGAAAACCAGGAAAGAGCCACAUCAUAGAUGUACCGGUUGGUGUUGAUGUGAUGGACAAUCAACGUAGAAUUAUAGGUGAACUAAAUGCUCCUGGAAAAAAAUUGAUCGUUGCUCGUGGCGGAUGUGGAGGCUGUCAUGAAACCGGAUUUAGUGGAUUAAAAGGCGACAGUUUUAACAUAAGAGUAGAUUUGAAACUUAUAGCUGAUAUUGGAUUAGUAGGUUUCCCAAAUGCUGGAAAAUCUACUUUACUGAAAGCUAUCACCGAUGCCAAGCCUAAAAUUGCAUCUUACCCUUUCACGACUAUCAAACCCAAUGUUGGAAUUAUGAAAUAUCCCGAUCUACGUUCCAUUUCAGUCGCUGAUUUGCCAGGAUUGAUCGAAGAUGCUCACAAGAAUGUCGGUAUGGGUCAUCGUUUUCUUCGUCAUUGUGAAAGAACAAAAUUUCUCGUUCUAGUCGUCGACAUAAAUGGAUUUCGUUUGAAUUUGAAACAUAUACACAGGACUUGUUUAGAAACCGUCGUUCUUUUAAACAAAGAAAUCGAAUUAUUCCGCGAUUGUUUGUUGGAUAAACCAGCAUUACUGGUAGUUAACAAAAUGGAUUCGAAUGGAGCAACUGAUGAAUUCGAUAAAAUUAAGGAUAAACUCUACGAUUUGAAAAACGCCGUUUUAGAAUGUCCUUCUGAAAUGAGACCUUCGAAAAUCAUAACAUUUGACGAAGUACUUCCUAUUUCCGCUAAAACCAGUAUUUCUGAUGUAGAAAAUUUGAAAUUAAAAUUGCGCGAAUAUUUGGAUAUGUAUGCCGCUGAAGAUAACGAAUACGAAUUGUUGUGUCAAUUACAGCACGACCAAGAGAAAAACGCCGUUAAAUAUGUGUGAUUGUUUUUAAUUUGUAACUUUUUAAAAUUUGUUUGUCGUGUGUAAGGAAAAGAUUAAUAAUUGUUUUCACGCA